AUGGCAAUUCAAUUGCCUGGCAUAUUCGAUGAGAAACGAUUGUUGAUUUAUUGGAUUAUUUAUUCAUCACUUGGCUGUAUCGAAUAUAUCUUACAUGGUUUAUGUGAUUUCUUACGAUUCUAUUGGCUUGGUAAAUGCAUUUUUCUCGUCUGGUUUCUGAAAUCUGGAUCAUCAUCAUCAACUGAAAUGACUUCUGAAUCCGAGACGACUGAUUUGAUUAAGAAAGAACCUACUGUCGCGCGCAAAAGAGCAACACAAGGUGACCGUAAAAGAACUCAACUCAAUGUACCACCACGUUCUACAGUUCUUAGUCGUGAUGCCAAGUGGAUACAGAGUGCUGUCACUGUUGCCGGAGGAAAUGGUAAUGGCAGUAAUCUAAAUCAAUUAUGGGCACCUUCUAGUGUAUUUGUCGAUGAUGAUCAAAAUGUCUAUGUCGCUGAGCCUGUCAACGAUCGUAUUGUUGAAUGGAAAGCUGGUGCAAAAGAUGGUCGAUUGGCCGCCGGUGGUGGUGAACUCAUGGAAGGAACCAGCAAAUUGGGUAGUCCAUCAGAUGUAAUUAUUGACAAAAAGACGGAUAGCUUAAUUAUUUGUGAUACUGGUAGACGACGAGUAAUUCGAUGGCGUCGUGAAGCUGAUACAGAAGAUGCAACAAUUGCCACAGACAUCGAUUGCAAAGGUUUGACAAUGGAUGAAAAUGGAUCUAUCUACGUUACCGACAAUGGAAGAGAUGAAGUUGUACGAUAUGAUAUUGGAGAUAGUGAAGGAGUGAUAGUUGCUGGAGGAAACGGAAAAGGUGAUGGUCUAAAUCAAUUGAAUAGUCCUUAUCGUGUUUUUGUUGAUCAAGACUAUUCGGUAUAUGUUUCCGAUGAAGAUAAUCAUCGUGUCAUGAAAUGGACAGAUGGUGCUACCGAAGGCGUAGUCGUGGCUGGUGGUCAAGGAGAUGGUGAUAGUCUUUCACAGUUAAAAUACCCUCGAGGAGUUAUUGUAGACCAAUUAGGUACUGUCUAUGUAACUGAUUACGGAAACGCGCGAAUAAUGCGUUGGCUCAAAGGCGCUACACAAGGUGAUAUAAUUGCAGGUGGAAACGGUGAAGGAGAAGAAACUAAUAAAUUAACAUGGCCUAAUGGUUUAGCAUUUGAUAGACAAGGUAAUGUCUAUGUUGUGGAUGCAGGCAACGCUCGUGUUCAAAAGUUUGAUAUCGCUAGAAACUAUUAA